AUGAUGCAAACAGAAAAAAGGAACUGGGUUGAUAUUGACGUAGAUGAUGAUGAGUCAUUAAAUGAUAAUGAAAACAAAAAAAAAUGGGAGGAUAUAGACGCAGAUGAUGAUUUAGAGAGUAACAAAAAAUUAUCUUACUUUACUAAUUAUGAAAAUGGAGUUAAAGUUGUUACAAAAUAUUCUGAAAACUUAAAAAAGCAAACAGUGAAGGUUACAAAAAAAAUUAAAGAAGUAAUAAUAAAAAAACGCCUUAACAAAGAAAUCGAGAAUCGUCUUAAACUAAAAAAUUUCAACGUCGAUGCUUUUAGCUCGGUUAUUGUUGAACCAACUGAUGUUGUAAAUAUUGAGCCUCCAAAAAAUAAUUUAUUAGACUUCCUUAAAGAUACUGAAUAUGACUAUUUAUUUGCUGAACAAACAGAUAAAACAGCAAAAGAUUUGAAAAAUAGAUUUAAAAUGUUUAAAGAUGAAGAAGCAGAGGAGGCUAAACCAGAUGAUCCUAAUAAAGCUGGAGCUAAGAGAGACAUGAUGUAUUAUCGCUCACAUGAUACUCAAAAUAAAGAGUGCACUAUUCGUGUAACGAAUCUAAGCGAAGAUGUUAAUGAGAGUGAAUUAUCCAACUUAUUUGGGCGUGUCGGUCAAAUAUCUCGAAUGUUUUUAGCUAAGCACAAGGAAACACAAAAUUCCAAGGGUUUUGCUUUUAUUACAUAUUCCAAGAGAGAAGAAGCAAAAAGAGCUAUAGAAAAGUUAAAUAGACAUGGAUUUGAAAAUCUCCUCUUAAGUGUGGAAUGGGCCAAACCAUCAAACAGAUGA